AUGAUCGAAGUUCAGGCCAAUGACCGGCUAGGUAGAAAGAUAAAAGUCAAAUGCUUGGAGGAAGAUUCUGUGGGUGAUUUAAAGAAAAUGAUCGGUCUUCAAAUGGGCAUGGACUGGGAAAAGAUUGUUCUCAAAAAGGGUUAUCAAGUCUACAAGGAUCACAUCUCUUUAGCCGAUUACGAAGUCCACGACGGUUUCAACUUUGAACUUUACUACGGAUAA